AUGGCCACGGAUAUCGCGACGCGCGUGUCGACGGACGGGCCGGGCCUCCUGUCGCCCGUGGCGUCGCCCCACGCCGCUUCCUCGCGCGGCGCGGUCUACGACCGCGUCGUCGAGGCGUCGUUCGAACGCGGCGGCGGCGGCCCCGCGGCCGCGGUCGUCGAGCACGCCACGCCGUCGUCGUCGACGGACUUCUCGCCGGGCAAGAUCCUCGCGACGCACCUCGCGAGCCAGUACCCGGCGACCGUGCUGCUCCGCGCCGCGGGCCUCCGCGCCGAGGGCGCCGCGGUGACGCCGACGGCGCUCUUCGCGCGCGAGGCGUCGCCGGAGCGCGCGGACUCGCCCGCGAGCUCCGUCGACUCCCAGGGCACGGUGGGCUCCGAGACCGAGGACGACGAGGUCGCGGGCCUCCUCGCGCCGCCGCCGCGCGCGGAGCGGUCGCUCUCGGACCGCGACGCCGCGGAGCUCCUCGCGAGCCAGCUCGUCUUCCCCAAGAGCCUCGCGGCGGCCUGCGGCGCGCCGGACGCGCCGCCGCCCGCCGCCCUCGAGCGGCCGCGGCCGCGGCGGAGCGGCGCGCCGCCGGGCGCGACGGCGAAGCCGCUGCCGGCGGCGGCCGCGGACCGGCUCCGGGGCGCGGCCGCGGCGGCGUCCGACGGCGACCGGCCGCCCCUCGCGGCGCUCGGCAACGACGCCGCCGUCGCCAUCGUGUCGCCGACGGUCGCGCCCGCGAAGCCGCCCGCGCCGCCGCCGCCGCCGCCGCCGCUCGACGACGCCGCCGCGCCGCCCGCGCGGCGGACGCGGUCGGGCCCGCGGCGCGCGGCCGCGGCGGCGGCCGCCGCGGGCAAGAAGCGGGCGGCGCCGGCGAAGAUCUACCCCUUCAGCCUCAAGCUCUGCGAGAUGGUCACCGACGCCGCGAACCACGACGUCAUCCGCUGGAACUACGACACGCGCGAGCUCGAGGUCAUGGACGAGAACCGGCUCUCGGCCGACAUCCUCCCCCACUACUUCAAGAGCAACAACAUCAUCACCUUCCAGCGCCAGCUCAACUACUACGGCUUCUCCAAGAUCUUCCGCGGCACGCAGACGCUCCCGAUCUACCGCAACGACGACCGCGACGUCGCCACCGUCGAGGACCUCAAGUUCCUCCCGCGCCGCGCGGUCAAGCGCGCGUCGACGUCGCCCCGGGCCCGCGCGGCCCAGCCCCAGGACGCCUCGGACCGCGGCCUCCCCUACUGGCCCGCGGACUCGGACGACGCGGCCGACGAGCCCGCCGUCGAGACGCCGCGCGGCGCCGCGCCCGCGCCGCCCUCGCCGCUCUCGAGCCCGAGCUCGAGCGCCGCGUCCCUCGACAUCCUCCUCGAGGCCGCCAUCAUGGGCCUCUUCCAGUCCAAGGAGGGCGGCGCGCCGGAGCAUGCCGCACCGGCGACGGCCGAGGAGCUGCGCGCGCCGACGGCGGUGCGGCGCGCGCCCGUGGGCUGCUUCGGCGCCGCCCAGAACAAGGCCGCGGCGCCGAACAAGGCCGCGGCGCCCAAGGAGGCGCAAAGCAAGAAGCGGGCGCGGCCGCGGCGGCCCCUGGACUGCGACGACGACGAUGCCGUGGAGCGCUACCUCGGCCGCGUUCAGUUAUACGAGGAGGCCGCCGCGGACGCGGUCGUCGCCGGGCGGCGCGUCUGCAUGAGCGACGAAGAAGUCCUCGACGACAUUCUGUCGAGCGUCGCGGCGGUCGUCGAGAACUUGAAGCGCGGCGACUGCUGCAUGAAAGUGUCGAGCGCGGCGCUCUUCAUCCCCAGUUCUUACCUCCGCAAAUCGGCUUGCGCCGUCAUCCUCCUCUUUCCCGACUUCGAGACUCGAGGACAGCCCUACGCCGACGACGCGCGACUCUUGGCGUCCGUGGGCGACGAUGUCUGCGGGGAGGUCGACCUCAUCUCGCCGCUGCGAGGCGUCGGGGGCGGCACCAUGGAUAAGGCCGUUCCGUUCCUCGUCGACGCCGUCGUCGCGCGCGGACUGGCGAAACUGACGGACAUCAGCCGGCUGCGACGCCGCUGGGCGGCGUACCUCCGCGGCGUCCCCUGGGACAAAUGCGACCUCUCCGAGAUUCACCGACCGUCGCUCGCCUCGUGGUGUGGCUACCCCUGGGAGGCCUCGCACGUCGCCGAGCACUGCGGCUGCGGCCUGCUCUCGGGCCUCGACGAUGCCGAGGCCGCGGGGCUCGGCAUCGUUGUCGAGUGGGUCAAAGAUAUCGCAUCCGUCCCACCGGAGCUGCGCGGGCGCGUCGCACCCAUCUGGGACAAAACUGGUGAGGAGUUCGAGUUGCGCCACGCGAUCUCGGACGCGCUCUACGGCGCCAUCGUUUGGGCCAAAGCCGCCGCCAAGAAGGCCCGCACGGCGUAG